GAAAGUUGGACUCUUUCCUCAUCCCGAAGUGUCACAUGACGAGAGGAAAGUGUGGUUCCGGAUGGAUAGAACCACCGCUGUACAAAAAUUAUACCCGUUAUCGAGCUGACAUGGCAGGCUGAUCUGGCAACAACAAUGUCACUCCAAGCCCCUCGGACAUCAGCGUUCACCUUCCAGUCCGCCGUACACAGCGCCCAUGUUCUCCAAUGUCUGAACGAGCAGAGGCAGCGGGAUGUCCUGUGUGAUGUGACGGUGGUUGUAGAAAACAAGAGCUUCAGGGCCCACUGGUCUGUGUUGGCAUCCUGUAGUGAAUACUUCCACAGCAGGGUCACCAAUUUCGCCAAACAAUGUCCAUUCGUCACGUUGCCAGAUGAGGUGACUAUAGAGGGGUUUGAACCUUUACUUCAGUUUGCCUACACAUCAAAGCUGCUCUUCACCAAAGAAAACAUUCACGCCAUUCACAGCAGUGCUGAGUUUUUAGGAUUUCACAACUUGGAGUCGGCAUGCUUUGAUUUCAUCAUCCCAAAAUUUUCUGAAGGCAAAAGAACCGCACAGGAGGUCAAGCUAGCCUGUUGUCAGAGUCAGCAUCCCACUGCCAGUUUUGGCUCCGGUAUAGAGAGCAGCCAGCAAGAAUCAUUUGAGACUCACAGCUCAGUGCCCUCAGGAGGUAAUGAACAAACGGAUUUCCCUUCACAGUGUCCUCAGAACUCACAGAGCCAGAUGAACAGCAGGGAAGAACACUUCUCUCUGGAAAACUGCGGACCACAAAUGACCCCCUUAUCUCUCGAGUUAGCGGCAAGUGGUGUCUGCCCCAUGUUGUCCUUACAAUGUUCAGACUCCACUAAAGAAGAUCAUCCGGCUCAGUUCUGCGAAAGAAAUAUUUUAGAGAUAGGAGAUGUGUGUAAUCAAAGUGAGUUGAGUUUGGCAGAGUGUGGCCUACCCUGUGAGCUGUCAGCCCCAGGGGAUGUAAAUCUACCAGACCUCAUUGAGCCAGCCGGCAGAGAUCUUAAACAGACAGUGGAGACACUCGGUGCUGAAACCAACACUAACCCGAGUUCAUGUCCACUUGGCACAUCAGGAACAGAAGAUUGCAGUGAGUUGUUAGAUCAGACCAAGGCUGGCCUUGAGCAGAGAAUGUCAGGUGAUCUUUCAGACGCUGCACUCACUGCUCUAAGCCAUGAAGAGGGAUUUGGGGAAAGAAGCAGCGUUGAGAGGGAGGUAGCAGAACAUCUGGCUAAGGGAUUUUGGUCUGACCUAUGCCCAUCUCAGGCUCAACCACUCCCCUUGGAUCCCGUGGACCAAGUCAAGCUGGCGAAAGCCUCAGACUUUCAUUGGCUGAAACAGCUGGACCUGAGCUCCAGCGUUGGAGACUGUCCCUUCCUCAGAGACCUGGGAACAGGUGACGACCAGGUGUCAAACACCGACUGCCUGUCCCAGUCUGCUAAGAGCCCGUGCGUGUCCUCCUCACUCAACUCAGGAGAUGAUUCAGAACUGGACACAGAUGGAGACACUGAGGCCAACAACAAAAGAGCAGCAGAGAUCCAGCUCCCAUUCCCAGUGGAGCAGAUCUCUACUCUGAGCCGGAGUGCCUUCCAGCAGCUUCUGAGAAACCAUCAGCUGACUCAGGAUCAGCUGGAAUUUGUCCAUGAUGUGCGUCGGCGAAGUAAAAACCGUGUGGCUGCGCAGCGGUGCAGGAAGAGGAAGCUAGAUGGCAUAAAUCAGCUAGAAUGUGAAAUCAAAGCUUUGAAAACUGAGAAAGAGUUGCUGCUGCAGGAACGAAGCGAGUUAGAGCAAAACUUGGAGGCCACGCGACAAAGCCUCUGCAGUUUAUAUAAGGGCUUCAGCGUCGAGUUUGGCUCUGAUGAAGACCACAUGCAGAUACUUGCCAAGCUGUCCUCACCAGACUUCCCACUCUCGUCCUCUGGCCACUCGGUCAAAGGAGACGACUCCCGCAUCAGUGUUGAAAUGGUGAGUUGUUCAUCGGAGUGCGACCCGCCCGGGCCACCCACGGCCGCCGCUGAAAACACAGAAGCACAGACUGGUGCACAGACAGAGGAGGCCGGCUCGUCUCCUCCUCAGAGCUGCCCCGUCCCUCCUCUGUUCAACACCUGUCUGGACAUGAACAGCUUUUAAAUGACGUUCAACUCUACUGCUACUUCUGACCCUGCAGGACCAAGGGCAAAAGCUGCAGUUUUGAUUAUAUACUGUAACCUCCUUUUGGGAUCAUAUACUUUAUCUCACUGAUUUCUGCCUGAUAUCAGUACCUUCAUUUCACUUACAGCGUCAGAAUUUUCCUGCAGUAUCUUAAACUCUUUUCACUGUAGUAACAAAAUUCAGUGUUGACCAUUUCAAAGGUGCAAACAGUUUUCAGGUAUUUCCUACAAUCCUCCAGCGGUAAGUUAGGGUUUUUUUUCUCUCUCAGGGAAAAUCCAUAACCUGACCGUGUUUUGAUUCUCUUUGCAUGCUCACCUGACUCAUCUGAAGAACCACAUAGUUGUGAAAGUAAGAAUCUUCUUUCAUUUUAGUCUGUCAUCAUGAACUCGUACUGUAUUAUUUCACCACUAUACCGUUUUCCAUGAUUUUACAUGUAUAGCACUAACAGAACUCAUUCAAGUAAAUUAAAUAGCAUUGUUAUAGCUAACGUAGCCUCUUAACAGCAUUAAUAUCAUGUCGGUUCACAGUUGAACUUAAUGGAAGACAGCUGUAAUGCGUAUGAAACAGUGUUACAGGGGAGCAUAAUUAUGCAAAAUGUGCCUUAUGCAGAAGUAUAGUAGGAAUUUAGAUUAAGGCUGUCCUUGUAUGUUUUUUUUUUUCCAAGCAGUGUUGCACAUUAAUCCGCAGCGCAUAUCAGUGGCAUUCUUUUAUGUGGUAUGUCUGCAUGAGUAUUUUAUAUUAAACGUUUCAUGGAUUAGAUUUAAAUAAAGCUUUUUCUGUACCACUUA